AGCAACAAACUCUUCAAGUUGAUGGAGUGGUGAUCCCCGAGCUCUGCGAAGAAGUGAAGUCUGUUCUUCAGCAUUUAUGAAGACGCAAUACGGGAUAAAAAUUGUGCUAAAUGCCUAAUAAUUUUCUUUAGGCAACAAUGCCUCCUGUAAAAGUGAUUGUCCAGGGAUUUCCCAGUUACUUUCGAUACAAGGAAAUAUCAGGGAGGAGGAAAGAAAAGGAGAAGAAGGAAUUGGAAUAUUUAUUUAGCAGAUAUGGACAGGUGAAAUGUGUGUAUUUGUGGCCAGAAACUCCUUAUGAGAGCUGGAGAAAAUGGCAAGGAAUGGUGCCUGACAAUUUCGCUCAACUUAUUUUCAAACAUGCUGACGAUGCUCUCGAGGCUCGUGAUGCUGCUAAUAAUCACGAAAUAACAUUUGACAAUCGUAUAUUGACAUUAACUCCAGUGAUCAAAUUGGUUACUCCCAUUGAUAUCUUGGAAGAUGAGAUUCUCAUCAAAAUAUUUUCAAUGCUCGAUCCACCGGAUAAAAUAACCAUCGAGAAAGUUUGUGAACGAUGGAGAAAACUUGCCCCGGACAUUUGGAGUAAUAAAACCCUCUACCUGGGGGGACGGGUAGCCCCGCAUGAGUGUUGCUGUGACACGGAAUUAGAAGACUAUCUCAAAAAAUGUGGGAAUAAUUUGAAAUAUUUGACGUACGACGUCACUUCUCAUAAGGGUCUUGAUUUAAUCCGAAAAUACUGUAACAGUCUCAGAAAUAUGACCCUGUGGAUCUAUUUGAAAAACCCUAGGCCGAGCGCAUUUUUGGAAAUGUUCAGGGCACUGGCAAAUUUAACAGUGAUUCAAAUACAUUUUUAUCCGGAUUUGCCUGGGUUCGAUAUAUUCGAUCAUCUGCCAGAAUCAAUGACCGAAAUUCAUUUGGUCUAUACUCACCGUAAUUCUUAUUAUUUUGAUUUAAAAAGAUUUCCAAAAUUGAGGAGUCUCACAUUAAGGGGAUUUUAUCGUGGACUCCAUCUGACAGGAAUGGAUCACAGAGAAAAUUUAAUUCACUUGGAUUUCAAAAACUCAACUAUCGAUGCCCACAUGCUAUGGAAGAUACGAGAUAUGACGAGGCUAAAAACCUUGAUCAUCCCAGAAGUGAAAAUCAAUGAUGAAAUCCUUAUUCAAAUUCUCAGGAGGAACUGGAAGCUCGAAUGCCUGGACAUUAGUGCUAUUCCUACCCUGACAGACCGAGCUGUCCGAGAGGCCUUAUGGCUCCCAAAUCUUGAAGUACUCAAGAUCAGGAGGCUGAGUGUGACUCUGGACAUCUACGAUCCUAUGCCAUCGUUGAAACGACUUGAUUGCGAAGGAUGUCAGAAAUUAAAAGACGAACAAUUGGGUCAGUUUCUGGAACUAGUCCCAAAUUUGGAGUAUUUAAAUAUUAAAAAUACUUCGAUUACAUCAUCCUUUCUGAAAAUUGCUGAGGGAGCACUGAGGAGACGCCGAAGGAACGUCCCUCUCAGGCUCUCAAGUGAUUUUUGGAAGACAAAAAAGGGUUCUUAUUCUUCUCUAUUAUUGCUCGUGAAUUGAUAGUAUGGAGUUCAAUACAUAAUUAUACAUGUGCCAUAACUAUGUACAUUAUUUCUGUAAAAUGAAUUUCGAUUAAAUAAAAAAUUUUUAUAUUCAUUA